CAUGCCAAAGCCAAGCACAUCCAGCUGUUGGCGUCUCGUCUGAAGUGUCUGCAGUGUUUCCGUGCUCACGCCCACAGAGUGAAACUGCUUGUUCCCAUCAUGACUACGUUGGACAUUCGGCUGAAGAAAGUGAAUAAGGUGUACCACGAAGGCGAGACAGUGGCUGGAGUUGUGAUAGUGGAAAGCAAGACUGAGACCAAGCAUGAGGGCCUUACGUUGUGGCUCGAGGGCACUGCCAGCAUGCAACUCAGUGCCAAAAAUGUCGGCAUCUUCGAGGCAUUCUACUCGUCCGCCAAGCCCGUACAGCUUAUUGGCUACUCGCUCGAGAUAGCUAAAGCUGGCCGUCUGCCCGCUGGCCGCACCGAACUGCCCUUCGAACUUCCCCUGAGACCUCGACCAGGCCGAACAUUGUACGAGACUUACCAUGGAGUCUUUAUCAACAUCCAGUACCUCUUGCGAUGUGAGAUGAAGAGAUCACUGCUCAGCAAGGAUGUUCAGAAAACACUUGAGUUCAUUGUUGAGUUGCAGGAAGGCGCCGAGAAGGCAACACCAGUUCCAGUUAACAUCAACAUAACACCAGAGUCACUACAGAAUGUUCGAGAUCACUCGAGAGUGCCUCGGUUCCUCAUCAAAGGACGGAUUGACAGCACUUGCUGCUGCAUCACCAAGCCCUUCACUGGAGUGCUAUCAGUGGAAAACUGCGACUCUGCCAUCCGCUCCAUCGAACUCCAGUUGGUGAGGGUGGAGACAUGCGGCUGCGCCGAGGGCUACGCCCGUGAUGCCACUGAGAUCCAGAACAUCCAGAUUGGGGAGGGUGAUGUGUGUCGAGGCAUCGACAUCCCUAUCUACAUGGUUUUUCCAAGGCUCUUCACCUGCCCUACACUCAUCACCAACAACUUCAAGAUAGUUUCAAGGACUGGCACAUUAUUCUGCAAACCUGUUAUUGCCUUGGCUGCAAGACACAGGCGUGGUGAAAAGAAAUGCAUGAUGGUGCACAUUCUGUGCCUCCUUUUGGUUCUGUAGCUCAGCUACAGCAUUGGAGGUUCUUUGCUGCCACCUCAAGUGUUGAUAUAGCUUGGUGUACUAGGGAGAAAGCUUAACAGAUUACUCAGCAAAUUUCCAAAUUCUGCCUUAGAGGGACUGACACCCAAUUUUCUAUG